AUGGCGAACGCGACGUCGACGAGGGAGGACGUCGGGACGUCGGAGGGGUUGAUUUUGGACCUGAGAGGGAUCAUCCUGGCGUACGCGGCCAAGGUGCUGCUGCGGCCGACGAACUUGUCGUUGACGCGAGGGGCGCGAUACGGCGUCGUCGGGCAUAACGGCGCGGGAAAGACGACGCUGUUGACGCGAAUCGCGGCGGGCGAUAUCGCGGGGUUUCCGACCGGGAUCAAGUGCGUGUUCGUUCGACACGAGGUGCUGGUGACGCUGAGCGCGUCGGUGGUCAAGUUCAUGGCGGAUGAGGCGAACGAGUUCGGGGGGGCGGACGCGAGCGCGAUCGACUCGAGCCUGCGGUCGGUCGGAUUUGACGACGAUAUGAUGAAAAAGAGCGUGGCUGAACUGUCUGGCGGUUGGAGGAUGCGAUUGUCCAUCGCGAGAGCGAUGUUGCAGCGAGCGGAUUUGUUGCUCCUCGACGAGCCGACGAAUCACUUGGACGUCAGCGCCGUGGAAUGGCUGGCAAAUUACUUAGUCGCGUUGGAAGGGACGACUGUGAUGUGCGUGUCGCACGACUACGAGUUUUUGCGAAAGAUUUCUACGCACAUUAUUCAAUUCGAUAAGCAGCAGCUCUCGACGUUUGACGGCGGCUUCGAUGGGUUUCGGGCGCAGCGCCCCAAUUUGGUGCUCCCACGAAUGAAAAAGGACAUGCAACCUAGUUCGGCGGCAAUCGUGUUCCCCGAUCCCGGGCCACUGGAUGGCAUCAAGAGCAAGACGCAAGUCGUCGCGCGUCUUGAGGACCUGAGUUUCGCGUACCCAAACAAUCAAGUCUUGAGCGGCGUGUACACUCGAAUGUAUCUCAGCAGUCGCGUCGCCGUCGUCGGUGCGAACGGCGCGGGUAAGACGACACUCAUGAAAAAUAUCGUCGGUGAGCUCGAGCCGACGGGUGGCUCUAUCUGGAAGCACCAUAACCUGCGCAUCGCUUACAUUGCGCAGCACUCGAUGCACCACUUGCAAGCGCACCUUGACAUGUCGCCCAAGGAGUACAUCCAAACUCGUUUUUACCAAGGCCGAGAUAAGGAAUUAGCAAAAAUGUCCACAAUGUCACUCACGGAUGAUGAAAAAGUAGAGCAGCAGUCGCGUGGAAGCGUGUGCGAGAUCCUCGGGCGCGCCGUCAAGGGAGGCGAGCUGUGUUAUGAGGUGAAAAAAGUCGGCGACAGAGUGGGCGUCACGCACUGGGAACCAAAACGAUUCCUCAAAGUGUCUUACGUCGUGAAGAUGUGCAAAAAUUACGACGAAAUGAUGAAAGCCAUACAAAGUGGGAUGGACAUACGUCCUCUGACAAGUGGCGAGGUUUAUUCUCAUUUGCGCGAUUUUGGCAUAUCGCAAGAGCUCGCCGACGGGAAAAUUAAGCGCAUGUCUGGCGGUCAGAAGUCCAGACUCGUGCUCGCGGCCGCGAUGUGGACGAAGCCGCAUAUUAUUGCAUUGGAUGAGCCGACAAACUACUUAGAUAACGAAACGUUAGCAGCCCUGACUGCGGCGCUUAGGCGUUUCAAGGGAGGCGUGUUGACAAUCAGCCACAACGCAUCCUUU